UUUGGUCUGAAAGUUCGUUACGUAAAUGACCUUGAAAACGAUCAAAAGUUGUGCGCAGAGUCUCGUGUGUACAUUCCUCGGUGAGUGGCGACACAAUUACAAUGGCACAGGAUAACCUUACAGCUGUUCUCUACAAGAUAAACGACAUCCGUCUGGAACAAAGGCCUAUACCCGUACCAAAAGAUGAUGAAGUGCUUCUCCAGAUGGGAUGUGUUGGGAUCUGCGGCUCAGAUAUACACUACUGGGUCCAUGGCAGGUGUGCAGACUUUAUCCUCAAGGCCCCCAUGAUCAUGGGGCAUGAAGCAAGUGGCACUGUCACUAAAGUGGGCAAAAACGUGAAACACUUGAAACCAGGUGACAGGGUAGCAGUAGAGCCUGGCGUGCCGUGCCGGCUGUGCCGGUACUGCAAGGAGGGACGGUACAACCUGUGCUACGACAUGGUCUUCUGUGCCACCCCACCAGUCGACGGCAACCUCUCCCGAUACUACACUCAUGCAGCUGACUUUUGCUUCAAACUCCCAGAUCAUGUGUCACUGGAGGAAGCUGCACUAUUGGAACCACUCUCUGUAGGGGUCCAUGCCUGUAAGAGGGCUGGAGUUACUCUCGGUUCUACAGUUCUCAUCACUGGAGCUGGACCUAUCGGGUUGGUAACUCUGCUCACUGCCAAGGCAAUGGGAGCUAGCCACUGUAUCGUUACAGACUUGGUGGAAUACAGACUUGGUGUGGCUAAGGAGCUGGGAGCUGAUUUCACAUUGCAAGUGAAAGCUGAUGCGGAUGAGAAAGAAACAACAAAGAGUAUCGUAAAGCUUUUGGGAGGACCUCCACAGAUCACUGUGGACUGUACGGGUGUCCAGGCGUCACUGCGGUUGGCUAUGGAGGCAACAGCCAACGGUGGAGUGAUAGUAAUCGUUGGUAUGGGAUCUUCAGAAGUCAAGGUUCCGCUCACACCUCUUGCAGCACGAGAAGUGGACAUCCGAGGAGUCUUCCGUUACUGCAAUGACUAUCCGUUGGCCUUGGCGAUGGUUGCUUCAGGGAAAGUGAACGUUAAGAGACUCAUCACUCACAAUUUCAACAUUGAGCAAACUGUUGAGGCCUUCGAAACCGCAAAAUCUGGCACCGGAAAUCCUAUCAAGGUCAUGAUUCACUGCAACAAGAAAUAGUGAGCUGCUACACAUUCCUUGGAGAAGAAUAAUCACUUGAAUUUAAAGAUAUUAUCUCAUCCGGUUCCGUGCCGGAUAAUUGCAAUUUUAUAUGCUUAUAAUAUAAUGACGGUUAUAAAUUAAAAUGUUUUGGAAAUACCAACUAAUGUUAACUUUUUAUAUGCAUUUUAUAUUGUCAUGGAUCUAUACAUUCCAAUAAUUAAUUAAUGAUUCUAUGUUAUUAAACUUUUAAAAUUUGUAUUGACUAUGUUUGAACAUAAGUGUUUUUUGAAAGACAAUUUUGUUAAAAUAUCUUCAUACCAUAUAUGUUCCUGGUAUCAAGACAUUUUAUUAUAAUAUAUAAAGCGUGUUCCAGAAUGGACACACAACUGUUAUUACAUCAUUCCAUGAGUACAUGAUAAGUUAAAAACUGUUGCCAUAGUCUGAAAUAGAAAGUAAACAUUUUUUGGGUAAGUUUAUAGUCCAUAUAUACAUGAAUGGGCAAAUGGUGAACUACUGGGGAGUAGAAAAGUAUGUAUGGGGAAUUGACAAUGAUAUAUAACAGAACUUAAUGCAGAAUAAGUUUGAUUUGUAAUGUUGCACUGUACAAACCACUAAAUAAAAACCUAAACAGGUAAA